AAACACAUAAAACUUUAAAACUUCAUUUUUGUUCCUAUUGGCCUGACACUAUAUUUUAGCUAAUAGAAAUCUUAUACUUCUGAGAAUUUAUUGUACUCUCUUGCAGUUAUAGAACUACCAGAAACUCAAUGGCAUGUUGAUUGUUGUAUUGGUAUGGGAAAGAGUUACUGCGAAAUGCCAAAAAGCGAAGCUGCCCUUCUUUUGUUCCCUUGACACGCUCUACUAUACAUUUAAGCUUAAUUAAAUAUUUGCCGCUAUCGGUAUUAGCUUAACAUGCUGUCCAGUUGUCCAAACGACUUGUGGUUCAGGUGCGUUUGUGUGCGUUAACGAUUUAGAUAUAUGAGGUAUGACAAUGACGAUGACAUUGCCACGACGAAACAUCCUUUGCCUCGCGUCAGUUGACAGUGAACCGGAGAGACGAGCAAACGUCUCUUAUUCCUUAUCGUAAUUCGUUAACAAGAGUUUCCCCUUUGGACAUGGUUUUGAAACUCUGGGUGGGCAUUUCCCAGGCGGACAACGUAUUCCAAUCGCUACGUCCACUAACGUACAUCUCUCUGGUGGGUCUGGCACCAUUUCGACUGAAUCUGAAUGCUGACAAGGAAGUACAUACGUCCACAUACUCCUUUAUCGCCGGCAUUGUGCACUACCUAUUCUUUGUGGGCUGCUUCAUCUCAUCCAUUCGGGAGGGUGACUCCAUCAUCGGAUACUUCUUUCAGACAAACAUAACGAAACUAAGCGAUAGCACAUUGAGAUUAACAGGUAUCAUUGCCAUGUCCACGAUAUUCGGUUUCGCCAUGUUCAGGCGUCAGAAACUGGUCAGCAUUAUCCAAAACAACAUUGUGGUGGAUGAAAUUUUUGUACGGCUCGGCAUGAAGUUGGACUAUCGACGCAUCUUAUUGUUCAGUUUUCUAAUUUCCAUGGGCAUGGUGAUCUUCAACGUGAUCUAUUUGUGUGUGAGUUUUAGUUUGCUAAUCAGUGCCACCAUUUCGCCAUCAUUUGUCACAUUCAUGGCCUUUGCUCUACCGCACAUUAACAUUUGUUUAAUGGUCUUCAAGUUUCUUUGCACCACUCACUUGGCGCAAAGUCGAUUUAGCAUGGUGAAUGAGAUUCUACAAGAUAUUCUAGAUGCCCAUAUUGAACAGAAUGCCGCUCUGGAGUUGUCACCAAUGCAUUCGGCAGUCAAUCACCAGCGUUGUGCGCAUCGUCUACGGAAUAUGAUCAGCACACCAAUGCAACGCUACAGUGUUACCUCGAUUAUACGCCAGAAUCCGGACUACGCCAUGAAACAAGUAUCUAAUAUACACAAUCUGUUGUGCGAUAUUUGCCAGACUAUCGAGGAGUACUUCACCUAUCCGCUGUUGGGCAUCAUUGCCAUCUCAUUUCUAUUUAUACUCUUUGAUGAUUUCUAUAUCUUGGAAGCGAUGAUGAAUCCCAAGCGCUUGGACUACUUUGAAGCCGAUGAAUUCUUUGCCUUUUUCUUAAUCCAAAUGAUAUGGUACAUUGUCAUCAUUUUCCUUAUUGUGGAGGCAAGCAGUAAAACCAUCAGGCAUAGCAGUUAUAGUGCAGCCAUUGUUCACAAGAUUCUUAAUAUUACCGAUGAUCUGGAGCUGCGUGAUCGACUCUUUCGCUUGUCUCUGCAGUUGUCGCAUCGCAAAGUCAGCUUCACGGCCGCAGGAUUGUUUCGCUUGGAUCGUACGCUUAUAUUUACGAUAACUGGCGCAGCCACUUGCUACCUCAUCAUUCUUAUACAGUUUCGAUCCAUGCAUGAAACUCAAUCUGCCACUAAUGCUACGAACAAUAUGUAACAAUGUUAAGCAUUGAAAUUGAUACAAACUAUAUAUGUGCUGCAUCCUAUUUUAUGAAACGAUUUGUUAACCUGCUUAAUCUGUCAUUUAUUGCACUUCUGACAAUAGAUGUAUAAUGCCUGUAUACUAAACUAUAUUACAAAGUAGUUUCUUUUUUAAUGAACUUGCUAUCUUCAUUUAAUUGAACGCAAUGCUUAAUAAACACUUGUUAGUUAUUAUUUUGAGGAUGUCACUAUUCACUAAUAAGAUCUGUACACAAGUGAAGUUGCCUGUGCCUGCAGGCUGCAGCAUCUUAUCGCUAUCGAUAAUAUUUUGCAGCAGACAGUCAACCACAAAGCUUUUUGCAUAGUCGCGUUGCCAACUAUACGCAAGCAAUGAUUAUGCUAUUAGCAGUGCUGUUACACGAAUGUUAAGCUAUCACAAUGCAACCAGCUGGCAACGCUAAUCUAUUCAAAUCGAAACCGCUAAACGUAAGAACAGACAAUUGCUUUAGCUUAUGGUGUGGGUGCUUUUCAAUUUACUUUGUUGACGUACACCAGCAAAUGGUCGAAUUUCAACAUAAUCUAACCACAAAUAGAACGUUCUUUGGCUUAGGCGCCAUCCACCACUAAUAAGUACUAUUACUAAUCCACAGAGACACGCCACAUUCGUGACUUCGUUGCCAUGCACUCUCACAUAAUCCAAUAAGGCGCCCAAAUACUCAUUGAGGCAUUUGUCGUCCAAUGCAAUGACAUUUGAUUGUUUUAUUGCCUCAGCUAGUCACAUUUUCAUUUCCAACUUCGUGGGUGGUGAUAAUUUCCAUAUAUUGUACAUGUGUAAGUAGAAUGUGUGGAUGGCGCUACUCAAUUGACUGACGAUAUGUAAACUGCUCAAUAAUCGUGUAUAAUAGAGAACAUGUGAGAGAAUAUGCGAAUAUGUACUGGUCUACUUACGGCUAAUCACGAUUAGCCGCAUUGAUAAGGCUUGUCAAUCCGUUAUCAAUAAUGUUUUACUUUAUGAUUUGUUUACUUUUCCACAAACACCUUUUUUAAAUUUCAAAAUGCACUCAAAAUGCGUAGCUUGUACAUAAUCACGUAUUUCUACCAUUAAUGUAAGUGAUGCAAAUGCCAUUGAGUUGAUAAAGACAUAUAAAAAUGUGCUCCAGUUCCAACAAGUGCAAUUUCCUAUUUUUACAGGCACUGAGCCUGCUCAACAGUUUGAUAAGCAGCUGUGUGCUUACUUUACACAAAGCUACAGUUUUAGAGCCUAAAGCUUGCCAUAUGAUUUUCGCACACACUGCCAAUGUCAAGCUCAAAGCGGCCAGUUUCACGAGCACUGUAUAAUAACCAAUUUGCUUAGCUAUUGAAGCUGCAGUUUGAAUAGAUCUAUCACUGCUUGCCAGCGACAGCUUGAGCCAUUCAUUAGCCGGUACAGUGACAGUUUUGUAAGCACUGCUCGACAUUUAAUGCAGUUUAAUUCAAAUUUCAAUGACAAUCAUAUGGAAAACUAAAGCGCAAAUUAACAAACGCACACACAAGCAGAGGAAAUUGAGCGAACUUCCAAGUCAAGCACAUGCUAACAUACAUACCGCAGUCCCUCUCCUACACCCAUACAUUAAUUCAGACAUUCAUCAGCCAUAGCUGACUGAGUGCUCGCAGUAAGAGCAAAACGCCGUAGCCGAAGCCGUAGCCACAGUCGCAGUCGCAGUCACAGUCGCAGCUGCCAGACAAUUGCCAGUUGCCUGUCCGCCAGAGAGGGCCGUGCACAGUCGACAGUCGUAAUCAAGCCACGACAAGUAACGGUACAGCGAGCGGCAAUUUCUUUGAUUAUUUUCGAUUUGCACAUCAAAAAAUAACAUUAAAAAAAAACGCAAGAAAAAA